UCGGUUUUUUUUAUUAUCAAAACAGCAAUUUUACCUAGUAGUAGUUCCGUCGGUCAAAUAUCGUUUUCUGUCAAAUUGGUGGAGCUUUUUUAUGCACACAUACGUAGACGAUUUCUACAAAUUUUUUAUUUUUUAAAUUUGACUGUUUUGGUUGCAUGAAACAAACUAAAAUCGCGUAAAGUAUUAGCAGCUAAGGCAACCAAAAUAAAUAAAACGCUGCCGUGGGCAACAAUCGGUGCAAAAACAACAAACCAUUGAAAUAACUGUUUAUUUACUAUACGCCUGUCGGCUCAUUUAGCAGCGAGAGUAACCACAUAACGGCAACGUACUUUUGGAAAUAUACUUUCUGAUGGAUCCCGCUAAGCAUCUAGGAAUCGGGAAAGAGCAGGUGAGAAUAGAGCAUUUGGCGCGUCGCAAUUUCGAGAAGAAAUGGGCUAAACUCGGUGAUGAAAAGUUGAACAGGUUCUACAAUCAAAACGAGGUCAAUCAACAGUUGCAGGAUAUACUGAGAAACAAAGAGCUGUGCCCUUACAAAUAUACGGGUAAUGGUGACUCAUAUUUCGUCUCACCGGACAUGUACAACUCAUUGCUAGCGAAAUGUCGUUGCGGUCGUAAGCGCAGUGAAACACACAUUUUAAAAUGCCUGCAAAAAGCGGAAAAUCCAAACAGUCAGCGAGCAACGUCAGCCGAUGUCAGUAAAUCGGCGCAGUCUCAGAGUUCUGAAAAUGCAUGCCAACCAACGGCGGACAGAAGCAAAAGUGCGGUCAACACCUCUUUUCCAAGAACCUCAAACUCGUUAAUUGGUUAUCAAAAACGUCCUUCCAGCUACAAACAGUGGGAGAAUUCAAUGAAACACAUAUCACCGAUUGCCACUAUGCCUCAACCACGGCUGACUGCCACUUCGUAUAAUAUUCUUCACAUUGCCUAAGUGAUUAAAACAAGUACCCGUUAUAACUAUAAAAACUUAAUUUUUAACUUUUGCAAAAAACCCUCUUUUUUAUAAUA